GGCCUUUUGGCUAAGAUCAAGUGUAGUAUCUGUUCUUAUCAGUUUAAUUUGACUGGAUCCACAUGGCUCCAGAAGCCCCUGCCAGAAGCAGAGGCACUGCAGGAGACUCAGGAGGAGUUCCGCAGGAGACCAUCAGUUGCACGCCGUGUGAGUCAACUACAGAGGCAGCCUGCUCCUUACCACCAGACCAGGACGAUGCAUGUGAGUGCAAAUCCACUGCCUUACCAACUAAUGCCUGUGCCGAAGCACCUCAGAGAGCACAGGUGGAAACCAUUCAGUCUUGUAGCCUCCCUAAGAAAGCUCCCAGGGGGAAGAAAACCAUCCCGGCAGCCGCCAUGAGCAAGGAGGGUGGGGCAGCACAAAAACGCCGAGGAGCUGUUGCUGCUGCUGCUGCUGCUAAGACUGCCUUACUCAGUGGGCAGGGAGACAAGGCACCUCUCCCUGAAGAGAUUGUUCUCCAGUACCCACUCGACCAGCUUACCUGUCCUGUGUGCGAAGAGCCAAAGAAGCAAUAUGCAAAGCACAGCACCCUUGUCACCCACAUCACCUGGUAUCAUGCACCGGUCUGUUAUCUGUGCGAACAGUGCUCUUCAAAAUUUAAGAACCUUCUUGCUCUCAAGAAGCACAAGACAUCAGGUUGCAUGAUUAGCCCACCCAGCGAUUUACCUCCAUCUCAAGCCACAUCUAUGGUCCAACAGCCUGCUGACCCUGAUAAAACACCAUCAGUACCACCUGCUAGCACUGUUUGCAUGAGGAAUAAAACUGCGACGCAAGGUGCCCAGACAACUCUUGCUGCCACUACAACCUCCUUGCAGCAAGACACCAGAAAGCCUACUAGCUGGCAGUCAAAUUGGCUGGCCAAGCUGCGGGAGGUGAGGACCUUUGAGGACCUAGAAACGACGGUUGGCUCUUUGAUUAAAGAACUUUCCAAAGCAGCCAGACCUGUUGAAAGAACAGCCACCAACCCUAGGCAACCAACCUCUGGAGCACCAAGACGACCUUUCUCCUGCCACCCAAAGGACAGGAGACAAAACAAAACAGCUUCAUACGACCCUCGGGCAGCAUCACACAUCCAAAAGCUGUACCGUGCAAACAGAGCAAGAGCAGUCAGGGAAGUUCUAGAUGGCCCAUCUCCAUUUUGUACCAUCCCCAGUGGGCAAUUGUAUGAACAUUUUACUUCUGUGUUCGACCGAGAUGAGCAAAGCCGAGCUCCCCGUCCAGCUGACCUCCAUGGACUGCCGAGAGUGGAGGAAGAAUUAAACAACAUCCUCUUAAGAGACUUUACCCCUCAAGAAGUUGAGGCAAGACUGACAAGGGCUAAAAAUACAGCCCCAGGCAAGGAUGGCAUUCGAUACAGUUUACUGAAGAAGUACGAUCCUGGCUGCUUGGUUCUAGCAUCCAUCUUUAAUUUCAGUAAACAAUUUUGUCGAACGCCGACCAGCUGGAAAAAGGCUAUGAUUGUCCUCAUCCAUAAGAAGGAUGAUCCAACGGACCCUAACAACUGGCGCCCAAUCUCCCUCUGUAGCACCAUCUACAAGGUGUACACAAGCUGCAUUGCUGCCAGGGUCACAGACUGGGCCAUCACUGGUCGCGUUGUCAGCCCUCAACAAAAGGGCUUCAUGUCCUGUGAGGGCUGCUACGAACACAACUUUAUAAUACAAAUUAUCAUUGACACUGUUCGUCGCACCAGAAGAGAGUGUGCUGUGGCCUGGCUUGACAUCAGCAACGCCUUUGGCUCUGUGCCACAUUCCCACAUCUUGGAAACACUGGCUGAAUUGGGCAUGCCUUCGACAUUCCUUGACUUGCUCCGUGAACUUUAUAACGACUGUACCACCACAGUGAGGACGGCGGAAGGCGAGACAGCGGAAAUCCGUGUUCGUCGUGGGGUGAAACAAGGCUGUCCACUUAGCCCAAUCAUUUUCAACCUGGCUAUGGAGCCUCUUCUCCGCCAUAUCAUCAAUGGUCCCGGUGGCUUUAAGCUACAUGGCAAUAAAGUGAGCAUCUUGGCUUAUGCGGACGACCUCGUUCUGGUAGCUGAAAAAGCUGAUGAACUCCAGCAAAUGGUAAAUGCAACUGCACAUGCUGCAGAUUGGAUGGGUCUGCAGUUUAAUGCUAAAAAAUGUGCAACGCUCCACAUCAAUGGGAGCCUGAAAGAUCGAGUUCUGCCAACCGCUUUUACCAUCCAAGGGAAACCCAUGAUCCAUCUUAAAGAAGGAGAUACCUACCAACACCUAGGGACUCCAACGGGCUUCCGAAGCUACCAGACUCCUGAGGCUACGCUGCAUGCCAUUGCGAUGGAUGCCACGAAGAUCGAUGCAUCCCUCCUAGCCCCAUGGCAAAAGAUCGACGCGCUUAGGGUUUUCCUCCUCCCAAGGAUUGACUUCGCUCUUCGGGGUUCGUCAGUCCAGAAAACAGCACUCAGUAGAGUCGACCGAGCAAUCACGGCUUCCUUGAAGAAGUGGCUUAGCCUCCCUAAGCGUGCGACCAACGACAUUCUGCACAUUGCUCAACGACAUGGAGGAUUAGGAAUCCCUAAGCUGGGAGAUUCAGGGGACGCUGCAACCAUCAUCCAUGCAUAUCGUCUUCUCACCUGCCCUGACAAGACUGUAAAAUCUAUUGCUUUAGGUUCCCUAAAAGAAGUAGUCCAAAAACGCAUUGCUAGAAUUCCAUCAGAGAGCGACCUAGCAACCUAUCUUUCCGGUUCGCUGGAAAAUGAAUUUGGACGCGAUGGCGGUGACUUUUCCUCCCUCUUCACCCGCACCCGGAACGCAACCCGACGCUUAAACAAACUUAUUGGUUGCAAAUGGAUGUGGGAUGCUGAAGAGGGCCCCCAGCUCACCGUCACCAAAGGGAACCCUCCAGAGGUCCAGAAUUUCUCCCACAAAACAAGACAUCUGCUAGAAAGUUCACUGAAAGAACUUCUAAGGGAGAAAUAUACCAUCGCGCUUCUGAGCAAGCCUGACCAGGGCAAGGUCUUUGAGGUGACAUCGCAAUGGGACUCAAGUAACCACUUUAUUCCACGCGGAGAUUUCACCCGUUUCGCUGACUGGCGUUUUGUUCAUCGAGCUCGUCUGAAUGUUGUGCCUCUUAACGGCGCUGUUAAAACUGGCAACAAUGACAAACGUUGCCGUCGUUGUGGUCAUCCAAACGAGACGCUUCCCCAUGUGCUCUGCAAUUGCCCUCCACACUCAACAGCCUGGAAACAUCGGCACGAUGCUGUGAUGAAUAGACUGGCUAAAGCUAUCCCAGCUUCAAUGGGCACCAUUUCCCUCAAUCGAACUGUGCCUGGGACAGACAGCCAGCUGAGACCUGACAUAGUAAUCACAGAUGAAGACCACAAGAAGAUUACUAUUGUAGAUGUCACCAUCCCCUUUGAAAACAGGAAGCCAGCCAUGAGGGAGGCCAGAGAACGGAAACAUCAAAAGUACACCCCUCUGGCUGAGGUCCUGAGACAAAAGGGGUACGAGGUCUCUGUCCAUGCAUUGCUUGUUGGAGCCCUGGGUGCCUGGGAUCCAGCAAAUGAACCUGUGCUGAGAGUCUGUGGAGUGGGAAAGCGCUAUGCAAAACUCAUGCGCAAGCUAAUGGUGUCAGACACCAUUAGAUGGUCUAGAGACAUCUACAUUGAGCACAUUUCGGGCCAUCGUCAGUAUGAGGAACCAGCUGCAGUUUUGGUAGAAAAGGAGCGGUGA